AUGAUUUCCCUUCCAAUUCCCAACGCCGACACCAUUAACCGCCAGGGCGAGUCGCCGUUUCCAGCAUGGUUGCUUUCCGGUGCAUUACUUGCAAAGAGCAUUGGUGGCUCUAAGCCACUUCCUCUGAACCUCGGAUCUGGAGGUUCUUACAAAACCAGCGUAGCUAUGGCGCUCGAAAAGCCUUCUAGAGCCACAUGUUUGACAUUUGGGGCUGCUCACUUGCUUGGUGGUUACAUAACCUACGACGGAGACAUCACCAAUGGUGCUGGUUUUUCAUUUGCAUGGUCGACAUUGUACGUUCUUGUCAACGGCCGGUCGUCGCUCAAAAGUGUAUUCCGAGGCCAUUUUUCGCCAUUAGCGUUGGCGGUGCUUGCGACCGGAAAUGCUGGGAUCUAUGGGCGCAAGUUUUUCUGGCCAUAA